GCUUCUUUUUUCAUAACCAGGAGCUCGCGGUGUCAGAGCGCCUCUAAUCACAGAGAAACCCGCAGCGGUCACCUCCUCGGCAGCGAUAAACACAACCAACUUAACGGACUCUCAGGUAAUAUCGUUCGACGCGCCCCGUUUCAUCUCAACGCAAAACGCAUAUCGGCGCAAAAAAACAACGAAGGAAUAUUUAACAACCCCAACACGGCCGCUAUGGGGGACCAUCAAACGAACGCGACCACGACGUCCACGACGGAGGACCUGUGCGAGAUGGAAUGCAGCGUGCUCAAGCGGCUGCUGAAGGACGACGGCGACAAGUGUAUGCUGCUCGACUGCCGCUCAUUCCUCGCGUUCAGCGCGGGCCACGUCCGCGGCGCCGUCAACGCGCGCUGCAACAGCAUCGUGCGGCGUCGCGCGAAGGGCGCGGCGCUCAGCCUGGAGCGCAUCCUGGCCGGGGAUGAGGAGGCGCGGGCCCGGCUCACCGCGGGGCUGUAUUCCGCGGUGGUGCUGUACGACGAGCGCAGCGCGGACGCCGAGUCGGUGCGGGAGGACAGCACGCUGACGCUCGUGCUGAACGGGCUGUGCACGGACGCCCGCGGGACGACCGUGUUCUUGCUCAAAGGCGGCUACGACCGGUUCUUCAGCGAGUACCCGGAGUACUGCCUGAAGACCAAGGCUCUACCGCCCCUCAGCAGCCAGUCCAGCCUGGACUCGUCCUGUUCGUCCUGCGGUACACCUCACCACGACCAGGGGGGCCCGGUGGAGAUUCUCCCCUUCCUGUACCUGGGCAGCGCGCUGCACGCGUCCCGGCGCGACGUCCUGAACACGGUGGGCAUCUCGGCGCUGCUCAACGUGUCUUCGGACUGCCCCAACCACUUCGAGGGGGACUACCAAUACAAGAGCAUCCCAGUGGAGGACAACCACAAGGAGGACAUCAGCUCCUGGUUCCUGGAGGCCAUCGAGUUCAUAGACUCGGUGCGGGACUCAAGCGGGCGUGUGCUGGUCCACUGCCAGGCAGGCAUCUCCCGCUCGGCCACCAUCUGCCUGGCCUACCUGAUGAAGAGGAAGAGGGUGCGUCUGGACGAGGCCUUCGAGUUCGUACGCCGGCGCCGCAGCAUCAUCUCCCCCAACUUCAGCUUCAUGGGCCAGCUGCUGCAGUUCGAGUCCCAGGUGCUCGCCACCUCCUGCGCCGCCGCCGCCGCCGCCAGCCCCCUGCUGGGGCCCAAGUCAGCCUCCUCACUGGGGCUGGGUGGCUCCAGGCCGGCCACGCCCACCUCGCCCUUCAUCUUCAGCUUUCCCGUGUCGGUGGUGGUGAACCCCGGCUACCUGCACCACGGCGGCCCCCUCACCACGUCGCCCGGCUACUGAGGGGCCGCCCGGACCCCGCCUCCCCCUGAGGGGAGGGACCGAGCCAUGGCUAGGCCGUCAUUGGCCAGACUGAUCAGUCAAUCCCGUGGACGGACCCACAUGGACUGAAAGAGACCUUGAUACGAGGCGGUGCCCAGCGAUGGUCCAGGGCCUUGCGAUGGUCCGGUACCGUCUGCUCCCGUCCACCGGGGAUCGGUUCAAACGGAGCAGGAACGGGUUGAGCUUAUUUUUUACCGUGAAAACCAGUUUAAAGACACUGAACUCACUGCCGAUACAAAGCACUCUCUCUCAAGACACACAUACACACAUUCACCAGGAGCAAGUGAAUGAACUCAGUAUCAACGGGGGGUGGGGGGGACUGUGGUCCCGGGGGGCGUUGCUAUGGUGACGGCAGGUUCUCAAAAGACAGGAGAUGGACACAGGAAGGAAGGAGUGCUUCUGAUUCUCUCGCUCUCUUCUGUGGGGGUCUUUGGGAGAGAGAGGGGGGGAGACGGAGAGAGACGGAGAGCAGGAGUCUUCCGUGACAGGUGCUGUGCUGGCUGAGCUUCCUGUCUUUCUAUCCCCUUCCUCCCUCUCCCCCUCCCUCUUUAUCUCUCUCUCUCUCGCCCACGCACAACCUCCUGUCCUAAUCCUUUCAUCUCCCUCCCUCUGUCUAUUCCUCCCCUACUUCUGUCCUUCUCUCUCAUCUCUUCUUCUCAUUUAAUUCACCCCUCCUUCCUCCCACCUCACCUCACCCCCACUCGCUCCUGUCUCAACCCCCCUCAGCCUCACUCUCUCCUGUUUCACCCCGCCGUAGAGAGGUGUUUGGAGGGUUAACAGAGACAGCCAAAUAAAAGGUGCCCCUGGUGGCUAGGCUGGGAAACCCCUCUCUGCUUUGCCUUAGAUGAACAGCGUAAGAAAACAAACACACCCGAUACACACAGAUAUUCCUAUACAUACAUACAUUCAUUCAUUCAUUUACCGACGUGAAAAGGAAGGAGCACUAGGGUGGCUCCAGGUGGCUCCAGUGUACGGUACUCUCUGUUCUGUGUCUCUGCGGUACUAGAGGUAGAUGGUGUUCAGCCUACUUGGUUCAGCCGGGUGCAGACCGUCGGUUGUGAUGUUUGAGGGACCAUGGUUGAGACGCUUGGGGACAUUCUGUGCCUUGUUCUCCCAGCGUUUUACACGUCACUGUUGAUACUUUGGUCUCUACCAGACUGAACCAGGGAUGUCUCUCCCCCCGAUAUAGCCUGGAAACCUUUCAGCAUUUCAGCAUCGCAAUAACACACACACACACACACACACACACACACACACACACACACACACACACACACACACACACACACACACACACACACACACACACACACACACACACACACACACACACACACACACACACACACACAGACCAAUAACACUGUUUGUUCUAUGUGGUUAAGGUUUUAAUCCCAUUCUGCUUUUGUCAAAUCGUCCUCAUUGGUAACUCUACGAUGUUCUGAAGACACAAAGACCUUUACCGUCUGUAUUGUCGGUUUCCUAAAUUGACAAAUUGGAAAAAAAAUAUGGAAGAAAUAUGGAUUUCAAAACGACAGAAAUGUCGAAAGAGGUUAAUUAUGAGAAUCAAGAUCUUCCGUGACUCAGGUUUUCAUUGUCUCCAGGCUGUAACAACAUAAGGCUGCUUCUUAUAUACUCAAGAGAAAAAACAUAGAAAGGGUCCCCAGCAGAAGCAGUCUGCAAAAGCAAUUUUCUGAAUGUGUGAAAAUAAGUCUGUUAUUUUGCAUAAAGCACUUGAAUAAUUUUUGGGGUGAAUUUAAAAUGCUUGUGUUUGAUGGUACAUAAUUCGGUUUUCCUAAAUAGUUAUUAAUUCAAGUGCUUUUGUACUUAUUUCUCUAUUGAAUACGAUUGUAAUGUAAAAUAUACAAAUGAUAAUUGUGAAACAAGCAAUUUCUACCGUCAUAGGCUUCUGAAGACUGCAUUACACUGUUGAAGCUUGUAAGCUUUAUCUACUUACAAAGAAAAACUGCUUAGGCAUUUAUGAUGACCAAAAGCACAUAGAUAUUAACUGCCUACGAAGAAUAUCAAGGACCAAAAUUCUCAGUUUAUACUUUUCAGGCAUAAAUGCAAAAUUUAUGAAAAAUAACAGAUGGCUACAAUACCUUGUUUAAUGCAUGAUAACACAAUGUACAGAUUUAUUCUGCUUUGAAUGGUCUGGGGGGGAAAUAACAGACUAGACCUCCAAAAAGCACAACAUCUUUAAACACGCACACACUGACAAUUAAUUUUAGUUUAAUGAAGUUUGUUGGUGCCUCUCUCUGUAGCACUUUGUUAGUGAUGCAAUACUCUUAUUUAUUAUUUAUGAAUCAUUUGCACAUUGGGGUGAUAGACUUUUGUUCAACUUGGGUUCUGUCCUGAUUGAGGGGAAGAGAGAGACACAUUCCUUUAAAAAUUGCAAUACUAUUUUCUAAAGAUUGUGCCCCAUAUAUCUCUGAGUUGUCUCAACGCUCUCUGUCUAUCUGUCACUGUGGGUGAAAUCGAUUUUCCACUUCUUGGACGUUUGUAUAAAGAUUUCCUCCAAUUUCACCGUGGAAUGCAUAAUUCAUGCCUCUAUUUAUUACUAAAGUUCCAUUGUUGAAUAAAACAAUAUUCUUAAUAUA